GCAAAGUUCUCCUUAAUUUUUACUUCACAAUCUAAAUUCUCCUCUUGACGUGCGAGCACGAUGGAGUGAAAGUCCUCCAGAUCAUACAUACAUAUUUGUACAUAAUUACAGAAUGCAUAUAGAAACAUCUUCAGGAUGGAUACAAUAUUCAAAAGUUUUGCAAUUUUAAUAUCCGUGAUAUCAACUGUGGUGAAUUCUUUCGUGAUCGUGAUCGUUUUUCAAGCAAGGCAUCCUAGGGCUGUCAACAUUCUAAUCGCCAACUGGUCAUUGCUUACAUGCAUCUCAUCCAUAGGCACCAUAUUCUAUUUCGGCGAUGGCGACAAAUACAUCCAAGGUCCGUGGACCUGUCCGUUCAUUUCCUUCCUAAGAAACUGGCUGGCUAACAUGUAUCCACUUCACGUCCUGGCAAUAGUGUACGAAUCAUGUUGUCAACUGCAGCCACGGUCUGGCAAUCUUCUUCUUUUAAGAACGGUAGGCUUAUGUUGGAUUUUAUCCGGAAUUGGAGCAGCACCAUAUUUAUUCGGGACGACUUUCUCCAGGAGUGGAGGGGAUGGCGAGAUCAUUACAGAAAAAUGUGCCAAGGUUCCUAUAUUUAAUAACGUUGUGCUCUGCAUUAUCGUGGAAACUGUUCGUGCUUUGUUAUUUCAUUUGGGGGCUCCAGCUUACAUGUCUUUUCUCCUGUACAAAUGGCGUGGAAAGCUAAAAUAUAUCAAAACAUUAAAGGUAGCACGAAAUCCUGUAACGCUAGAAAAGUGGAAAAGAGUUCGCUUCAUUUUCGCGUACACGGUUUUCUUUAUCGUUCUGUGGGUUCCUUUUGGCCUCGUGUUUUCAUGGUAUCAAGUAUUUCGUAGAAGUUCUCCAAGCGCAGAAGACGCCACAACCAACACGAUUUCUUCUACCACGGCCGGCACUUUUUUUUCCUGUGGAAUCGCCUUGUUUUAUGUUUACAUUUUAUUUAGCCCAGUUAUUGUCUUGUGGACAGGGGAUACACGGUUGAGACAACAGUUUAUGACAAUUUGCAACAAGAACGGGAUGAACCAUUUGAACAACGGGCAAGUAAAAACUAUAAGUUUUGCUAAUUCAUGUUCACGGGUGGAAUCGUUCUCAAUUACAAAAGCAGAUAACAUUAAAGGGUUAUUUUCAGUAAGUUGUUACAAUAUAGAGGACCAGAUUAUUGAUCCCGUACAGUGCUUGGAAAAUCGAAAGGUCGAAUUGCUGAUAUAAUGCUGGUAGUUUUAAUUUCAUAAUAUUUAUUUACUCAUGUAAAUAUCAAUUAAUACUUCCAUCAAUGACUCUUGGAUAUGUUGUUGCAUUAAUUAUUUUCAAGAGAAGUACAGUAGUAAUCAAGUCAAAGUUGAGCAUCACAAAUAAUAAGUAUGUACCUUAUGAGGGAAUGCAAGAUUUCAUGAAAUCUUUGGACAUAAAUAUCCGUAUGUAUGUAACUGGAAACUAAAUUACAUAUCUAGCCGGGGAUAAUAUUUUGACAUAUUUACAUACUUCGUAAUAUGAUGUUUAACAUGUACCUGCAGUUAGAUAGAAAU